GACAUGUAUCCAUUGACAAAGAAUAGGAUUCAUAAAUUUUGCAUUUUCUGCUUAUCAUAUGUACCUUUUAUGCUAGAUUUGAACGGUGGUGAUUGUUAGGUCCAUCAAUUUACUUUCCCCAGUCUGAAAGAGAAAACCAUCUUCUCUUUUAUUUUUUUAAUUUUUUUUUUCUCUCUUUUUUUCUCGAAGGAUUUUUCAAAUGGUGGAUCCCAUAAUCACUACCAAUUUUCCUUGUAUUUCUCGUCCUCUUUUUUAACAUUUAUUUGAUCUUAUCAAAGUCCACCAUGUUUAUCUCCAUCUCCUAGCCUACCCUUCUUUUCAUGAUCGGUUGAUCCUUAUUUUUCUGUUCUUCUGCAGAAUUUUCCUCCCUCCCUCUCUCUCUCUCUCUCUCUCUCUCCUCCUAGUCAUGGACUUGUUGUAUGUUGAGAACCAUGCCAAGAGGAGGAGGAAGAUGAGGAGCAACCUCGAUCAGGAUGAUCCACCAUCAACUGGAAUGGAACAUCUACCCCUUGAGAUCGUCCAUGAUAUACUUUCAAGAUUACCCAUCUCUUCUUUGGUGCAAUUCAGGUGUGUUUGUAAAGCUUGGAGAGCCUUAGCACAAGAUCCUCACCUUGUAAAAUUCUAUCUCUCAACUUCAACAACCAACGAUCCUUGCCUAAUCCUUCACUGCGAUUUUCCCAUCAGGAACCAGCUUUACUUCGUGGAUUUGGCUGCUGCUCCCCACCAAGGAAAAGACAAGGUAAAAAGAAUCAAUGCACCCUUUUGGCCUAUGAUGCCUGAAUUCGAUGUGGUAGGCUCCUGUAAUGGUUUACUUUGUUUAGCUGACUCGCUAUACAAUGAUGCUGUUUAUGUUUACAACCCUUUCACUAGGAACCAUGUAGAGCUCCCAAAAUCGCUGAAAUAUCCUGACCAAGAAGUGGUUUUUGGGUUCGGAUUCCAUCCCAAAACUCAGGAAUACAAGGUAGUAAAGAUUGUAUACUAUAGGAAUGGUCAUAGUAGUUACCCUCGAGCCCGUAGGCUCGUCUAUUCACAAUCUGAAGUCCAAAUUCUAACUCUAGGCGGCCCCAGUUGGCGGAGUCUAGGCAAGAUAUCAUACCAGCUUGUUCGCCGCCCGUCGGAGGCCUUGGUUAAUGGAAGACUUCAUUGGGUUAGUCGACCCCGGAGAUAUAACCCUGCUCGGCGGCUAGUUUCACUUGACUUGGCUGAUGAGCAAUUCAGGGAAGUCCCGAAGCCAGACUGCGGUGGCCUGAGUAAAUGCAACUAUCAUCUUGUUGUGCUGAAAGGGUGCCUUUCUGCUGCUGUGUAUUGCAGCUACGGAAGAUUGGAGAUUUGGGUGAUGAAGGAGUAUAAUGUGAAGGAAUCUUGGGUAAAAGAAUACAGUAUUGGAGCUUAUAUGCCAAAGGGAUUGAAGCAAAAUCUUGACAGGCCUUCCAAGAUUUGGAAGAAUGCUUUGAAUGGAAUAGUUGUUAGAGUUUUAGGCCUUUUGCAGAAUGGUGAGGUUUUGUUGGAGUACAAAAGCAGAGUUCUUGUUACUUACGAUCCAAAUCAAGGAAAGUUUAAGGACCUCACAUUACAAGGGAUACCUAAAUGGUUUCAAACAGUGGUUCACGCAGGCAGCCUCAAUUGGAUUAAUACUCCCAUUGAUACAUAGAAGUUGAUGAUGAUUUCUUCUCCUGUGAGUUUAAAAAUCUUCUGCUCGUGUUCAUUAGUGUCGUAUUAUCAUAUCAAGUUAAUCACAUCCAUGCUUAAUCAAUUAAUUCCUUGUUUGUAUAGAUGAAAUUCAAUCCAUUACCAGAAAUACACUCAUUCUCUAUUGAAUCAGCAAGAUCUUUCUUCAGUCUUAA